UGUUUAUACACACAGUGUUUAUUCGAUUUUCCAAAUUGUCAGUGUAUACCGUUUUCUUAGCCAUAAAUACUGAUAGAAAAUAAAGUCCACCAAACUCCUGUGACAGUUUUACACCUUUACCCAAAAAUUCCUUUUAUAUGGCUCCGUAUUCUGUGCAUAUCGUGCAUAUAUAUGCAAUUACAUGAUAUCGUGAAUUUUUACAUUUUGAUAUUAUUUAUUUAGAAAACCAAAUUAUGUUUUCGGUUGAAAAUAAACAAUUUUAAUUAAUAUAUAGCUCGUAUAUUAUAUAUAGAUUACAAUAUGCAAUUGACGUAACAUCAACUCUUCCAUACAAAUAAUUCUGCUUCUCCGCAAUUUUAAUUAUAGAAAUGCAUACAAAAAAUCGUGCUUGAAGUACGAUUAUCGCAAGGAGAAUGUGUUCAUUAAGGCUGUUAGUAAAUAAUUUUCCUUUUUAAUUUGAAAUAAAAGCCUUCUUUAAAAGUAGGGACUACAACAUUUUCUUAAUAUUUUCAAACACUGUUACCACCAGUCAUGUUUGGCCAAACUGGGAAUACCUCCUUUGGAGCUUUUAACACAGGAACUCAAACCAGUCCUUUUGCUCAAUCUGCAUUUGGAAAGCCAACGACUAGCUUUGGUACUGGAGCGACACCUGCCUUCGGCACCAAUACCUCUCUUUUCAGUACAAAACCAGCAGGUACUACAUCAGGAGGUUUAUUCGGAAGUUCAGCUGGAACUUCCGCGUUUGGACAACCUAUCACAACCCAAUCAUCAUUCGGAGGCUUUGGCGGUACAAACACAAAUGCCAACCUUUUCGGCACGCAACAAACUGCAAACACAAACCUCUUCGGAGCUAGCUCAGCUCCAGCAUUUGGUCAAGUUACUAAACCUGCUGGCUUUGGUUUCGGUACAUCAACAAACACGAACCUUUUCGGCCAACCACAACAAACGUCUCAACAAACAACGCCUUUUGGCCAAACAAACCCUUCCACAAACGCGGGCUUGUUUGGUUCCACAACUGGCUUUGGAGCCUCCAAUACGGCAACCGGUAUGACUGGAACAGUCCUAAAAUUCAAUCCAGUUACAGGAACUGACACAAUGAUGAAGAACGGAGUGACUCAAACGAUAUCAACUCGACAUCAUUGCAUUACUUGCAUGAAAGAAUAUGAAUCGAAAUCCUUAGAAGAAUUGCGUCUUGAGGAUUACUUAGCUGGGCGGAAAGGGACGCAAAAUCAAGCAACUGGCCUCUUCGGAACUCCAGCUCAACCUUCACUCUUUGGAACCGUUACUGCAGGAACAAGUACUGUGACUCCAAGUUUCGGAUCAACAUCUGGAGGAUUUGGAACGACAAACCAACCAGGAGGAACUGGUCUCUUCAACAAACCAAUUGCAAGCUUUGGUGUACCAACAACAACGACUGGCGGUUUCCCUUAUAACUCUACGGCUUCUUCAAGUCUUUUUGGUAAUACCCAAGCCAAACCAUUCGGUGCAGCUGCGCCAGCUUCUAUAUUCUCAAACACCAAUACUAUUCCAGCAUCUGGAAUUGGAUUUGGAACGACUCAGAAUACUGGGUUUGGAAGCUUUGGAACAGCACAACCGAACCAGAGUAUUGGAUUAUUUAAUCAACACAAAUCUGCCUUUGCUUUGACAGCUCCCGCAACAAGUACCAGCUUCGGUGGAUUUGGACAACCAGGAACGAGUUUAUUCGGAGCAAAACCAGCCGGAACAAUCGGUUUUGGUACUUCUACUUUUGGAGGCACUACAACACCUUCUUUCGGUACCAAUCUAGGUUUCGGAACAACCCAGAACACAAACACCUCCUUGUUCAACACCUUCAAACCUGCUGGCCAAACUACUGGAUUUUCCUUCGGAGCACCAACCAGUCGUGGAACAAAUUCGUGUCUUAUUUCAAGCGGAGCCUUUAAUCAACAAAAGCCUGCUUUUAACGCCUCCCCUGGGUUUGGCAUCACGACAGCAAUGCCAUCACUUGGAAUGAAUAUGUUUGGUGGAGUUGGAAUGAACCAGGCUCAACAAAACGCAGGUUCAGUUCCAGUUCAUCAGCAGGUUUUGGCUUUAGUCUCAGCACCUUUCGGAAAUUCCCCAUUGUUGAAAAACCUUCUUCCAGCUUCUGGUAAAGCUAAAGAACUCUUGAAACCUUUAAACCCGACAAACAGAAUGACCAGUCCACAGUACAAAGUUUCAACAAAUAAUUCGCCGAGGAUUAAGGCUAGCGUUGCUACUUCUUCAAAUUUAUCCAAGAAGUCCUUAUUCGAAGGUCUAGAAGAAGAAGAUCCUUCCUUAGUAGAAGCAUUUCAACCUCGGCCAAACGCAAAACGUCUAGUUCUACGUCCCAAACACGUGACUGUAUCCCAAUCUGUCGAAAAUAUCAACUCUCCUCUGAAUGGCAGUAUUCCAGAUAACACGAGACCUUCAAGUAGAGAUUCUGAAAGCACUAAUAAGGAAAACCAAGAAAGCCAGUCUCCUACUGAUCCCCAGUCAUCAGUAUCGUGGCUAAAAUCCACAAUGCCUGCGAUAAAGACCAAAGAAGCAGCCUUUGAUGGUCAAGAAUCACCUUUCCGAGGUUCUGAUAUUCCUCCGGAAGGUAUUGGCAAUACCAUGAUGGCAUUGAGACCGAAAAUCGGGAACCAUAAUCAGUCUUCUGUUUCCUCAAAAUCGAGUGUUGAUAAAAACUCUUCAGACUCAAUUGAACGAGACGCAGACUACUCUCCCGAGGAACUCGUCGAAGCUCCACGUUCAUCUCUGCCGUCACAGAGUUUUGCAAAAUUAGCUAAUGUGAAGCUUCAAAGAGUUGGCUACUACACAAUUCCUGCUAUUGAUAAAUUGGAUGAAUACGUUUGCGAUGAAACCUGCAUCGUUCCUAAUUUUACAGUCGGGCGAGAAGGAUACGGAAAUGUUUACUUUUCAGAUUCGUUUGACAUUUACGGAUUGAAUCUGGACGACAUUGUCCACUUCAGACACAAAGAAGUGAUUAUAUAUCCCGACGAUGAUAAGAAGCCUCCCAUUGGUCAGGGUUUGAAUCGAAGAGCCAAGGUUACUUUGGAUGGCGUCUGGCCGCAGGACAAAUCGCGACAUGAGGCAAUCACAGAUCCCAAUCGUCUUCAGGAAAUGAACUACGAGGGGAAGCUUAGGCGCGUUUCUGAUAAACAUGACACUCGUUUCCUUGAAUAUCGCCCAGAGACUGGUUCCUGGAUUUUUAAAGUGGAACAUUUUUCAAAAUAUGGUUUGAGUGAUUCUGAAGAUGAAGAUAAUGAAGCUAGUUUUCAGUAUCUCGGAUCAAAGAAACUCAAACUUUCUUUUCAAAGCAACUCCACUGAGAAGAAAAGAGUGGAAUGUACAGAUGUUAAAGUCAUCUCACCUUUAAAAAACUCUACAUUUCCACCCAAAUUUCAGCCUCAGUGUCAAUCUGAUUUAGAGACCUUUUGCUCUGAACUACAAUUUAGAUUCCAGCCAAACUUUCAGUCUGAUUUACUGAAAGAUUGCACAUUUGAAGAACAAACGAGCCCAACUUCGAUGUAUGCGAGAAUGAUCGGAAUCGAUAGCCACAAAUUGCAGCUUAUGAAAGCCGAUUUAUUUCAGAGGAAUGGCACGGAAGAUAUAAUGUUAGAAGCAGCUAGCGAAUAUCAUAAAAAUUGUAAAUUGGGUUUUGAUUACCAUUCCAGAGUGAUGGAACAUAUACCCAUCCUUCGUUCAAAUUUGUCACAGUCAUUUCGCUUCGAUUCAAUAGUCCACCAGAAAAAAUUAAAACCGAAACAGAUGGAGGAAAUUUCUCAAGCAGAACCAAAACUUUUUCGUAAAAUAUUACCAGCCCCGAUUGUUGAACCCAAAACUGUUGUUUUAAAGUCGAGAUCUGAACUGAUACCACUCAAAGAUUCUAUCAUCAGUAAACUCCGUGCAAGUUGUAUAGCAGACCUCGGUAUUCCAAUGGGAAGAAUGUUUAGAGCAAGUUGGGGACCCGGACUAACUCUUAUCACUCUAAAUACUCAGCAACAAGCAACAAAUUUCCCUGUGCGUAGUAAUCUCAGUCUUCUCGGAUCUUACAUCUCAGGUCGACACUUCCAAGACGAGACUUCGAGUAUUGUCCAGCGUCUGCAAAUAUUAGGGGGAAGUUCAGAGAGCAGCGAUUAUGUAAUUACAUUCAAAGAAAGCAUUGAAAGUCAUCUAAAGAUUCAACUAGACCAUUCUAUCGUGAGUCAGGAAAGCGAUUGUCCAGUGAUUGGCAAUCCUAGCGGAAAAUCAGCUGUUGAUGUCUUGCAUGCUCAUUUCAAACAGACGCAGCAUGUUCUAGAUAAGAAGUCUGAUAAUUAUUCAGAGGACAAGAUGAUCAAGUAUUAUAAUGAAGUUUGGCGACUGUGCAUCUCGCUUUGGGGAUACCUUCCAGAAUUGAAACCAGAUGAUGAUCAAGAAGACCACAACACUUUGAUUGUUCGAAAAGAAGCUCUCAGCGAUUGGUUGAAAAAUGUAAUAGAGGAAAGAGUAAGAUUCAAUAUUGCAGAAAUUGAUUCUGAAGAUGAGAUCAUGUUCGAAUUACUCACGGCCAAUAAACUCGACGAUGCCUGUUCCCUCGCAAGAAAUGUAGUUGGGGAUCAUUGUCUGGCUUUAUUGAUGUCCCAAUUGGGUGGGACAACGGCUGUAAGAGUAUUGGUAAAACAGCAACUUGCUCUUUGGCAGGAAAUGAAUAUUGAUGCAGAUAUGUCGAUUUAUAGAUUGAAAAUGUUCAUGUUGGCAGCUGGAGAACCUCUGAUUUGUAGCAGCCGGGGAACGGUUAAUGUGUGUGAAAAUUUGGAUUGGAAAAGAGCAUUGGCUCUUCAUUUGUGGUAUUUAUCAUUGCCAACUGCAUCCAUCCGGGAUGCUUUAGAACUUUAUGAAGAAUCUUUUAAAAGUGACAUGACUGAUCUUUACGGGGCUGAGCCUCGACCACAGUAUUUUAGAGAAGACUAUGAAGUCGAGUUUAAUCAUAAAAAAGCUAUUUAUGAUCUCUGCUUUCAUCUCUUAAAGCUCCACUCUACUGGUAAUCAUCCUAUGGAGCCAAUUUUGAAUCCACUAAAUCAUACAGCUGAUUCCUUCGAUUACAGGCUGAGUUGGUUAAUCCAGGCAGCCCUGAUUGGAUUGGGUUAUUCCCAUCUGUCAGAAGAUGUAGAGGCUCUAACUCAUGCUAAUUUUGCGGCUCAGUUGGAAACCUACGAUUUGUGGCACUGGGCGAUUUUUGUCGUCUUACAUUUAAAGCAUUCUAGAAGAAGACGCAAGGCGGUAAAGGAUCUGCUAGCGAGGCACGUGGAGCUGGAUGAAGAUGAAGAAUACGAGAAAAGGGAAAAUUUCCUGAGGGAGGAACUUGGGAUAAAGUUUGAAUGGAUUAAUGAGGCGAAAGGGGUCAAGGCCUGUGCUUUGAAAAGAUAUGGGGAAGCUGCUUGGUACUUCACACAAGCUGAGAUGUGGAACAAAGCUCAUGAAGUUAUUAAUGAAUACCUUGCAGCAGAUGCAAUUAUAAAUGAAAACUAUCACUAUCUGAAUUCGCUGCUGGCUCCACUGAUUCAAGAGGAGGGAAGCAACGUGAUCAGUGGCUGGAUGUAUCAAGGUCAACUUUUAUGGGAUUAUUUGGACAUCACCGCUGAAAUAAAAUCUCUCUUAAAAACUGACAAUUUCACUCAAAUCUGUUACAAACUAGAACUUUUACGACCUCAACUGACGAAUCUUUGUUCGAAAAUCAACCUUUUGCCAUGUCCAACAGCAAAAGACAGAUUGUGUCAAGCUGAAAUAGCGAAAAGAACUCUCCAACUUGCGAAAAGUAUGUUGAUGCUACAGUCGACCGAUUCCUUAAUUACCGGUAAAGCGUUAAUACAGUUGGUUUCUCAACUUCCGUUACCGGAAGACUAUGCACAACAGGAGCUUCGACCUAUUAUAAACAGAUACGCAAUGGAAGUCGCUAUGUAAUUUUAUACAAAAUGCCUAACGUUUGAAAAACGUUUAUUAUAAAAUCUAGAAUAAUGAACAAUUUACCACCCUUUAUAGUAAAUAUGGAUAAUGGAUCAUCCGUAAACUAAGUUACUAAUUUUGGUCAAUUUUUGACCCCCACUUCCCCCUUGUUGAUAACCAUUGAUUUGGUUAUUACCCACCCCCUCCUCCCGAAAGUAACAUUGCCUUCAGGUAAAACCCGAUUUUACGUUCAUACUGAUUUUUUUGUGUUCAGAGCGAGUCACGUUGCCAAUAUGUCUAUAUUGUCUACGCGACUAUGUGUUGAAUUAUAAAAUUCGGUAAUAAAUCAACGCUUAGAAUAAAAAAAAUUAUUUUCAGAGUAAGAGUUGAAAUGUGCCAAAUUGAAUUUUAUAUUACAGUUAAUCCGGGUAUUAUU